AUGUUGGCUCGAAAGGCUCAGCUGAGUCGCAUAGAUGUUGGCGAUGCGGGAGCUGCUCUUCUAAAACGUCUUCGAGAAUAUUUAGCUACUCAACAAAUUGCUUUUCCCACCGACUUGCACGAUGCGUUUGACAAGUAUGAGGCAUUGCAGAAAGACUUUGGGGUACACGAUUCCGGUUAUAUGCAGGCAGAACAAGAACUUUCGGCAAGAGAGUGGAGUUUUAUGGAUCAGGAAACCGACUUCUAUCAGUAUGGCUUACCUAUUCCGACUCUUGAGGAGUGGGUCGAUUUUGAGACACUAAAAAGCGCUGCUGGAGCUCCUGAAAUAUCCAGACCAGAGCCUCUCAUGCGCAAAAGUCAUGUGCCGUAUCGGUUGAAUACCUCGGAGUUCCCUUUACCAUCAGAUAAAGAUGCCACGAGUAUGGGGACUGACCCGUACCUUGCUGCUGUGUCUUCAAGUAUCGAACGCAACCUUGAUCAUGUCCUUGCGGGACUGGGGUCAUGGCAGGAGGCUUUCGAGAUCCUCAUACAAGAUCAGACACAGCGACUGGAUCGUAAGGAAGCCAUUGGAGUUCCUGUAAACGUGCGAGCUCCCAACAUCCAGGUCUGCCAACCAUUAUCGAUGCACGCUGCCGUGUAUUGGGAGGAUAAGCUUCCUUCACGUUGA